CCUAGGAUAUUCUAUGUCAGUGAGAAUAUCUACUUGGUUAGGUGAAUAGGAACCACCUACGGAUACCUUUUAUUUAUUUAUUUUUCGCCAUCGCCUGCAUAAUGGAGAACAGAUUCAUUACCCGAGAAGUAUAGUCUCUAACUAUUUCUAUACAGGUCUUUUGAUUGUAUUCUCAUUUUUUGUGGUAUUCUUUUCAAGACAAGUUACGUGAAAUAUCGUGCAAGUGCACAAGAUCAUCCCUUAUCCGGCCUCUUUUUUGACUAUCCUUGACUGGAUAGAGAUUCGAUCUGCCUCUUCCCAUUGCUCUUCUACCAUGUGCUUUUUGAAAGAGACAAAAUGGUGUUCUGUGAGGUCUAACGUCUCUUUCGUCUUUGACUUUGAUAGCUUUUUUGUCUUAGUAAAUCUUACCUAUUUUAAUCCUAGUCGAAUCUACUCUAUACAAAUACUUGGAUGACUGGCAUCGUUACUCUCCUCUUGGUGAUUCGGGCCCUUCGAACUAUUACGAGCAACUAAUAUCUGCCGUUUCAUCGGCUAGUCCCAAACUUAUGAGCAGAUCUCACUCCCAGCAAUAUCUAUGAGUCUUCAGCACUAAGCUCAGAAAAAAAAACACGCGGUAUUCAGGUAUGCCGGGACACUUUGGCGAAUGCUGUUCACUUCCCUCUACCCCGAGGUCAGCUAUACCUGCGAAACGAUCAGACGAUGAUGUUCAAUUUAUAUCAUCCAAGCCUGUUAAGAGACCAAAGAUGAGCGAGCAAGCUCCAAAGCCUACAGUUCAGCAACAGAAUAUAUCGAUAAUGCCUAUCACGCCUAUGCCUCAAGUUUCUAUCCAGCCUACUGAGCUCAAGGACUCUGAUAGGCGGAUUAGUACAGGCAUGGUUGGUCUCCCUUCAGAUUUCAAUACCAUCGAACUCGCCUCUAUGCUAAGAGGUGUUUCUCUCCCUGUACUAGAAAGAUUUGUCCUCGACCAACCUUCUCGCGGGCCGAGACCUCCAAGCUCACCAGAGCUCUCGCCCAAGCAGUUACCACAAACAGUUGCACCAGCAAUGCUGAGUGUCAAUACCAAUGGGAACAGCCCUAGAGGCUCUGGAUUUGACAUGGCACCUAUGCCAUGUAUCACAAUAGGCCAACAUGCGGCCCAGCCAGAAGCACAUUCUACAAGUUCGCUCAAUCCUAACUUGACAGCCAACCAAUUACAUGCUCUCAAAACGUCAGUUCCCCAUGCACACCCAUCGCCUCCUAGGCCGCCUAAAGAGGCAGAUCCGAAGAGUUCAGCCAUGCCGCCACCCCCAGUACCAAACACUGAGAUAUUAGCAACCCCUAAAUCCGCACGAACUGGUUCCCCAUUGAAGACCGCCACUCAUAUUACUGCUACUCGGUCAGAUACAACAAAUCGGCCGUGCCAAGUUUGCGCCAGAAUGCGGCAACAGGCAGAUCUUGCGAAAUUUCAAGGGUUUUCUAUGUUCCCUCAUAAUGUACCACACCACAUACUUCCACAGAUCGCCUGCCAUCAGCCGUUCACUCAGCAUCUUCAUCCUCAAAUGAUAGCCAUGGGUCCAAGCAGCAUUCACUCCCUUAGUCCAGGCUUCGCACCAGUCAUGAUGCCUAUCAAUAGCAACAAUUUCACUACCAUUCCAAGUCAUAUGACUAGCCCAGCACAGAUGAAAGAUCAAGUCAACGAGAAGAAUUCUAGGCCAAGCCGCGCAAAUAUCAAUGACCAAACUCAGCCUUCGUCAACUUCAGUAACCGAUAAACCCCAAUCCCCCACGGUCUUGAACCCAGUGAAACCGCCAGCAUCUCUUAUCCAACAUACCUAUCGCAAGCCCUCGCCCAACUUAAUUGUAGACGUCGCAGAGACGUGCCAGGAGAAAUUCCCCUUCGAGGACGUCGCGAAAAGACAUAAUGUAUCCGUAGAGAAGGUCUUUGACGUCUUUGCGGCCAUUAUCCAGGUCCCACUUCUACGGUGCCCGACCGAUAGGCGACGAGCAGGGAAACUUGCUACCACACGUGUCAAAGAGUAUACAAAAGCCAAGAAAGCAAUUCAAGAGGCCAGUAACCAGAAUGGUUCCGACUCUACAGAUCAAGUAGUCGUGAAGCCUUUAGACAUCGCAAAUCGGCUAGGCCAGGUAAAUUUUCCAGAUGGAUUCAACUUAGAAGAAUCGUGAGAAAAUAGAGGAAUGGGGCAUGUCACGUUUGAGAGUUAAAUAGGAGUGUAGGGCUACAAGGAGCGAGAUUAUCAGUAUGUAUUCCAUCUAUCCGAUACUAUGCGCACAAUAUCUUAUUAAUCUACAAAGUCCAUCUCAUUUUACCA